AUGGUUCUGUUGUUCUAUGUUUGUGGCUAUGUCUCCGGAUGUCUCUCCUUCUCCUCCAAGUCCUCUCUCAACCCUUUCUUCUUACCCCAAAAAUCCAACAUGGUAUCAGAGCUGAAUUCUUGAGGGACUUGUGAGAGUUUGUUCUUUGAGGGAACACCAGAAAAAACCGCACCUUUCUCAUUGUUUUCAAAUGGUUCUUCACAUGAAACCCCUCUUGCUUUGCCAAAAUCUUGCAGCAAAAAAGGGUUGUGAAGAUGGAGGCAUAUGUUAGUCCCACCAUGGGAGAUGUGAAGGAGAGGAAAGCUAGAUUCAAAGAGAAGGUGUUCGUGCUUGUUUCAAAAAUCAGUCCAAAUGAGAAGUCAUGGUUGAUGGAAUGAGAAACUGAGCACAAAAACUCAGUUUUAUGGUAUGUUCUUCAUGCAUCUUUUAUGUUUGCUAUGGAUAUGUUUUGAGUUUUCCCAAGAAAACUCUUCAUGGAUGUGGCUUUGAUGUUCUAAACUCCCACGGCUUCAUGGCAAAGAAUGUUUGAUGGAGAUGAUGGCAAAGGAAAGCUAAGCACAUCUCAGUUUCAUUCUUUUGUUCUUUAACCAUCUUUUAUGUUUGUAUUUUUGAAUGUUAAGAGUUUUUUCAUAAAAAAAAAAGUCUUCAUGUUUAUGUACUUGUAAACCCCAUUGCUUUAUGGCAAAGAAGUUUGAUGGAGGAGCAGCCAAGAUCAAGCACAAAAUCACAACUCCAGAAUGUACUGAAAGCAGCAAAGAUCCACGGACAAAGCUGCUGCAAUGGUGGAGUUGCUGAAAAUGUUCAAGGCUCCAGAAUUUUUUCAAACAACAAAAAUCUAACGAAGAUGAAGCUGAUUUGCAGGAGGAGCUGAAAUAUUUGAGAAGAUGGUACUUGGCAACAAACAACGAACCAAAGCAAGGCACAAAGAACUGAAAAUGGCAGAUUCAAUGUGCUAAAGUAAAAUUUUGUUUCUGUAGCUUUAGUGCCAAGGAGGAGUUUGUUGGAGCUAUGGCAUGAAAGCUGAAAAAGAAAUGAAAUGAUGCUGCAACAUGACUGUACAGUAGCAGUAAAUGACAACAGCAUGGAACUUCACAUGGGCUACACGAAAUGGCAGCAGAUUUCAUCAUUUUAGUCAAUGUUUUAGGUAGUUAAUAAUUAUAGUUUAGGUAGAAAAAUAUUAUUGUUUUAUGUGUAGCCUUCCUCUAUAAAAAGGAAGAAAUUGAGGGAAAAUUG